CUAAAACCUUCUCUUCACGCUCCCAAUGGCGGCGGCCACUCGGUCCCUCUUCCUGACAUGCUUCCACAGCAGCGGCUCCGAUGAGAGCGGCCACCUCACGCUGCGGCCGCGGUACCCGUCCAUGCCGCGGCAACCGAGGGCGGCCGCGGUCGCCGGCGAGGGCGGUGGAGGAGAAGGCGGGUCAGCCGUGGUCGAUCUGGAGGCAGCGGAGGACGAAGAGGAGAAGGUGGCGGUGUUCGCGGUGUCCGGGAUGACGUGCGCCGCGUGCGCCGGCUCGGUUGAGAAGGCCGUCAAGCGGCUCCCCGGCAUCCAUGAGGCCGCCGUCGACGUCCUCGGCGGCCGCGUGCAGGUCGCCUUCUACACGGCACUCGUCUCGGAGGAAAAAAUUAGGGAAACCAUUGAAGAUGUUGGUUUCGGAGCUAAACUGAUCGACGAGGAGCUUAAGGAAAAGAGCAUUCUAGUAUGCAGGCUGCACAUAAAAGGAAUGACCUGCACGUCUUGUGCAAAUACAGUUGAAUCCGCCUUGCAAGCUGUUCCAGGGGUUCAGAGAGCUUCCGUUGCAUUGGCUAUUGAAGAGGCGGAAAUCCGUUAUAAUCGGAGGGUUGUUGCUGCUAUCCAACUAGUCAAUGCAGUUGAAGAAUCUGGCUUUGAAGCAAUACUGGUCACCGCAGGAGAAGAUCGGAGCAGGAUAGACCUCAAAGUUGAUGGCAUUCUCAAUGAGAGAUCAGUAAUGAUAGUGAAAAGUUCUGUCCAAGCUCUUCCUGGUGUGGAAGACAUAAAAAUUGAUACCGAGCUCCAAAAGAUAACCAUCUCUUACAAGCCUGACCAAACAGGUCCACGAGACCUCAUUGAAGUCAUCGAGUCAGCUGGAUCUGGUCAUAUUGCUGUAUCAAUAUAUCCGGAAGCCGAUGGAAGAGAGCAGCAUAGAAAUGGGGAGAUCACGCGGUACAGGCAGUCCUUUUUGUGGAGCUUACUGUUCACAAUUCCAGUGUUCCUAACCUCCAUGGUGUUCAUGUACAUCCCAGGGCUGAAGGAGGGGCUGGACAAAAAGGUUGUCAACAUGAUGAGCAUUGGUGAACUAUUGCGGUGGAUUUUGUCAACUCCUGUCCAGUUUGUAAUUGGCCGCAAAUUUUACACUGGUUCUUACAAGGCAAUGUGUCAUGGCUCACCGAACAUGGAUGUGCUCAUUGCUCUGGGGACCAACACAGCGUACUUCUACUCAGUUUACUCGGUUCUCCGAGCUGCCACUUCUGAGAAUUAUAUGUCAACUGAUUUUUUUGAGACAAGUUCCAUGCUCAUAUCAUUUAUCCUUCUUGGAAAAUACCUCGAGAUCUUGGCAAAAGGAAAGACCUCUGAGGCUAUUGCCAAGCUGAUGGAUCUUGCACCAGAAACUGCAACUGUGCUGAUAUACGACAGCGAAGGGAAUGUUGUAAGCGAGAAAGAGAUCGACAGUCGGUUGAUUCAGAAAAAUGAUGUGAUCAAAGUCAUACCUGGUGGAAAAGUUGCUUCCGAUGGAUUUGUUAUUUGGGGCCAGAGCCAUGUGAAUGAAAGCAUGAUCACCGGAGAAUCACGGCCCGUGGCAAAGAGGAAGGGCGACACUGUGAUUGGAGGGACGGUGAACGAGAAUGGUGUCCUCCAUGUCAGGGCAACAUUUGUUGGAUCUGAGAGCGCCCUGGCACAGAUUGUAAGACUGGUAGAGUCAGCCCAAAUGGCAAAAGCUCCUGUACAGAAGUUUGCUGAUCAAAUCUCUAAAGUCUUUGUCCCCCUGGUCAUCCUUCUUUCUUUGCUUACUUGGCUUACAUGGUUCUUAGCUGGGAGGUUUCAUGGCUACCCUAGCUCGUGGAUACCAUCUUCCAUGGAUAGCUUUCAGCUAGCUCUUCAGUUUGGGAUAUCGGUUAUGGUGAUCGCCUGCCCUUGUGCACUGGGACUUGCAACUCCAACUGCUGUGAUGGUUGCAACUGGAGUCGGUGCCUCGCAAGGUGUUCUGAUCAAGGGCGGGCAAGCUCUGGAGAGUGCGCAGAAGGUGGACUGCAUUGUUUUCGACAAGACAGGAACACUAACCAUUGGAAAGCCUAUUGUCGUCAAUACCAGGCUCUUUAAAAACAUGGUCCUACGUGAAUUCUAUGACUAUGUUGCAGCAGCAGAGGUCAACAGUGAGCAUCCGCUAGCAAAAGCCGUAGUGGAGCAUGCCAAGAACUUUCACUCGGAAGAAACCCAUAUCUGGCCUGAAGCAAGGGAUUUCAUUUCAGUCACCGGACACGGUGUCAAGGCAAAGAUCAGCGACAGCAGUGUCAUUGUGGGCAACAAGAGCUUUAUGCUGUCGUUAGACAUUGAUGUCCCCGUGGAAGCUUCAGAGAUCCUCAUGGAAGAGGAAGAGAAGGCACACACAGGGAUCAUCGUGGCCAUGGAUCAAGAAAUAGUCGGCAUAAUCUCUGUGUCUGAUCCGAUAAAACCGAACGCCCAUGAAGUGAUAUCAUACCUCAAGUCAAUGAAGGUGGAGUGCAUAAUGGUGACCGGGGACAACUGGGGAACCGCCAACGCCAUCGGCAAAGAGGUUGGCAUCGAAAACAUCAUAGCCGAAGCGAAACCAGAGCAGAAGGCUGAGAAGGUGAAGGAGCUUCAGGAUACAGCCACGCAUCCACUCACCGCCUUUAAAUCUUUUGAUCGAUCACUGCAGCUGUCUGGCAAAACCGUCGCAAUGGUUGGCGACGGGAUCAACGACUCGCCGGCGCUGGUGGCGGCCAACGUCGGGAUGGCCAUCGGCGCGGGCACGGACGUGGCCAUCGAGGCGGCGGACAUCGUGCUCAUGAAGAGCAACCUGGAGGACGUGAUCACGGCCAUCGACCUGUCCAGGAAGGCCUUCUUCCGCAUACGGAUGAACUACGUGUGGGCCCUGGGAUACAACAUCAUCGGCAUCCCGAUCGCCGCGGGCGUGCUGUUCCCGUCGACCCGGUUCCGGCUGCCGCCGUGGGUCGCCGGCGCCGCCAUGGCCGCGUCCUCCGUCAGCGUCGUCUGCUGGUCCCUCCUGCUGAGGUACUACAAGAGGCCGUUGAUCACACAGGAGCGGCAGGCAUAGAGAAGAGGGCCAUCACCGUAUAGAUAAUACUAGUACACACAGAAUAAGCUGUAGAUAUCUGUAACAAGCGUGUGGUAGAAUGACGAAGCAGCAGUCCUCUGAUGAAAAUGUAUAUAAUUCUAGUACUCCAGGUGCAAGUAAUAUGAAUGUUCUUAGUGCAAGUUAUGCAGGUA